CGUGGACACAUGUUGAUGACGUGUUUCGUUCUCCCUCCUCAGGUCUGCUGGCGUCUCUACAGAGCACGCUCAGUAACCCCUCCCUGCACUCGUCACUAAGCAACCCCAACAUCCAGUCAUCGCUCAGCAGCCACUCCUUUUCCAACUCUCUGAGCUCCGCCUCUCUGCACUCAUCGCUCAGCAACCCCUCGUUGCAGUCGUCUCUUAGCUCCUCCCCAUCUCUGCCGUCCUCCCUCAGCAGCCAAUCGCUGCACUCCUCCCACAGUAACUCCUCCCUCCAGUCGGUGUCCAGCGGUAACCCCAGUUACAGUGGUGGAAUGGGCGGGUCGGGCUCCUGCUCUUCUUCUUCCUCGUCCUACUCGCCGCUGCUCAGUGGGCAGGGUCAGGCGUCGCUCAGCACGUCGCCACGGAGACGAGCUCAGCUGUCUCCACUAAUCCUGCCCAUGGGAGGGGAGUCGCGGAGGCAUCACUCCAAACAAUUCUCCCCCACCAUCUCUCCCACCCUGUCAUCCAUCACACAGGGCGUCCCAUUAGACACCAGCAAACUGCCUCUGGACCAGAGGCUUCCUCCGUACCCGCUCAGUCAGUCCCACCAGCACCAGCCGGGCUCCCACCAGCCUCUGCCGUGUCUGCCCGGCUCCCAGCCCGGACAGCAGCCUCCUCCGCUGGGGCAGCACCACCACCAACAGAUGCACCACCAACGCAUGCAGCAGCAGCAGCCGCGGCCCAACGCCCAACAGCAGCAGCAGCUCCACCUGCAGAACCUGCGAAACCAGCACAUGCAGCAGCACUUUGGAUCGCAGAAGCAGAUGGGGCCGCAGGUGAACACAUCCAACGCAGCGCUGAUUAAGAGCGAGAGCGCUUUGAAUCAGUGCAUCCAGAGCUCGUUGCAGUGUCAGGUCAAACAAGAACCAGAGCAGCAGGCGGAGCAGCACAGAGUCUGCGGCCUCCCGCAGCUCCAACAGAUCAGCCAGAGUCUGGCCACAGACCUGUACAAUGACGCCCUGUUCAACUCUCUGCUGGACGACCCGUACCUGAGUCUGCAGCUCUCCAGCAAAUCCAGCCAGCAGUUCACAGCAGAGAACCAGGGCGACGGUUUGUCCCUGAACCACAGCGGCCUGAGCUGCGGCUCCACAGACAAAAACCAGUUCCCCUCCAACACCCAGGGGCCCCUGGGACUCCAGAAUCCCAGCGACCAGCAGCUUCUCAACAACCAGAACCAGAACUACAGCGGUGGAGACGGACGCCACAACGUCCCCAACAUCAUCCUCACCGGAGACUCUCCGCCUGGUCUGUCCAAAGAGAUCGCCAGCGCUCUGUCCCACGUCCCUGGCUUUGAGAUGGACCCCUUCUCCCUGGACGACCCGCUCAGGAUGGACCACCUGGCUCUGGACAUGCUUGAAGGUGACCUGAUGCUCGCUGACCCAGCGGUGGAGGACUCCUUCCGAUCUGACCGGUUGAAGUGACCCCGCCCCUCCCCCCCGCCCCUGCACUCCACUCCAGGAGCUUGGCGGGAAUCCGGCAAAGAGAUGGCCACCCUGCUAGAGGUGGAGAGGACGCCGCUCUCGCCACCACCACUCCCCCAACUAGAUGGUCUGCAGAGCGGGGUUUGGACGUAACUCUGGAAUAUCUUUGUCUGUGCGAUGAAGUCUCGGAGACGGACAUGAGGUUUCGGUUGCGCGACAGAAUGAACUGAAAAGGCACUUAACUGAAAACGCUCUUGCAAAGCUUGAUGUCAAGAAAAACCAAGUUGCUUCUCUUUUUAGGCAUUAGCUUGUACGAGUCUCAUCCGCAUGUUAAUGAAAAAUGCACUCGCGUUAAUGCAAACACGCAGGAAUAAAAUGCUCACGUGACGUCGGCUUUGUAUAAGAAACGUCUGUAAAAACCAGCAGCGCUCUGAAGAACUUGAAUCUCAUUAUGCAUCUCGGCAGAGCUUCUCCUGAGCUUCCUAACUGUGGUCAGGUUCAUCCAGCGGCCAUGUUGGCCAUCGCUUCACAGGAAGGACGACACCUGAUUGGUUUGGAUUUUUUUUACCCCAAACUGCCGUUAGGUCGGAAAUAACCUCCGGCUCAGAGGCCUCGGCUUUCUCUGCCUCAUCAGCCACUUUGACAGGAACUCAGCCAUGAUCUAGAGGUUUUAUAUAUUCUUCAAAGUGUCACAGGUGUCGAACGAACGGCCUUAAACAGGUUGUGAGAUUCUCCUCAGUCAAAUGAAAAGGAGGUUCAAGUUUUGGGAUGAGAGGAAACCACAACACGCUGCAUCUGUUCAGGUCACAAACACAUUACGUUGUAAUUUGACACAUUUGAUUAAAGCAGCUUUAACGUCUUAAACGACACUGCGGGCACUUUGUGCAGAACCUUCAGAACUGAAAACCAGUUCACUCGUCUUUUCCACGGAAAACCAGUUACUGAGAAAUGUUCGAAGAAAUUGACCGAGCAAGUUUUAAAAAAAGUUUCUGUUUCACUUCAUCUGCAGAAAAACAAACACGUUCCGUUGUUGGACAUUCGGACCUUUUUGUUUUCUCAUCAGCAAAACUGAUUUCACAAAGAUACGACAUCUGAGAAACGUCUUCAGGUUCUGCCCAAAGUUUAGUUCAUGAAAACCACGACUCUAUUUUUUCACUGAGCGACAGAAUCAAACCACAGCUUGAGAGAAAAAUAUGCAAACACGGUACAAGAUGCAAAGAAAACGGGGAAGAUGCGACGUAGAUACUGAUGCAGAUAACGUUGACAUCGGACGUCCCACUGGUCAGGAGGCGUCAUGUGAUUGUAACCAUGGUAACGUGGGUUUUAGUGUAGAGUCAGCUCCGGGUCAGCUGGCUUUAGAGAGAGUCAGCAGCUGUUACAAUGCAGAUGUGGUGUCACUGUCCGAGAGGCGGCGGUUUAAAAGUCACAGUUCCCUGGAUGAGGAAAAGAUGGAAAUCUGAGUCAUUCAGAAAAUAAAAUAUUUUUACACAAAACGUAUAAAAUAAUAAAAAGUAUGAAACAGUAAAUGCAAACGUACAGCAGUGAUUUGACGGAAAAGAUUUCAGUGCUGGAAUCAUAAAAAAAUCAUCUUGUGAUUGGACUCGAGUAUUAAACCAAAAACAUUCUGACCGCUCCUCGAGAAAGUGUGAGCGCCCCCGUUUAUCUUUCUAUGACACUUCCUGCUGCAAUCUGACGCCUGAAAUGACCACGUGGGCGUUAAAUCAAAUCUUCAGGAGGCGGCUGUGACGUCAGGUGUCUUAAGCUGAGACGAAGCACGUUUCUGAACUGUGUGUUUCAGCCCCGUGUGCCUGCUGUCCGUCCGUCCGUCCGUCUGUCUGUCCUCUAUAGAGACGAAUUGGUGUCCUGGUGAAGCAGAAUGUGCUGAAGACGCAGCACAUGCCUGUAGUCCUGAGGUCGAGUCAUCGAGUGUGAAGAUGGACGACGUCUCCACUUCCUCCAGAAAUGAAGCCAAAAUAUCUCCCAUACAAAUGCUGCCAUCUUGUGGCGAUGACGUCAUUUGCAGUCUGUGCAGUAUUGAUCGUGAAGUUAUGGUCUCGAGGUCCCGCCCACACAAGCACUCGACCAAUCGUGAGUCAGUCUCAGCUGUCGAUCAUGACGACUCAGCCUGUUUUUCUUUAAAUAAUAAUAAUUAUAAUAAUUAAUAAAACCAAAGUGAUCAGAAACAGAAGAACGAGCUGAUCGACAGAAACAUCUUUACAAGCGUUUAUUUAACGUUUAUUUAACGUUGGUCCAUGUCCCAUCUGCUAACAUGGAGGAGGUUUAUAACCUCUACUGCAGCCAGACACCAGGGGGCGAUCCAGAUGAUGUGGCUUCACUUCUGGGAGGCGUCAUGUCGUCCAUCUUUAUUUAGAGCGUGUGUGAACGUGAUGAGCUGCAGGAGGAGUCAGAGAAACCAGAAUGUCAGUGAUGUCACAGUGAUGUCACAGGAAGUCACAGUUACACCCCGCCCACUGUUCUGCAUCCCUUUCCUGUCGAAACGUUUUCGUAUGACGGCUUUAGCUCUGGUCACUGUGAUUGACAGCCCCCCCAUUAGCCCCGCCCCCUCUGCCUGCACUUCCUGUCUCAGCACAUUAACGUGUUUUUAUGUAACAGAGGCAAAGAAUGGUUCUUAUUAACUUUAUUAAUAAACUAUAAAGGAGGUUUUAUUUUUUAAUGAGAGAUUAUCGAAAUCUGUUUGUAAAUUAAAAAAAAGAAUAUUUAACAAGAGAAGAAAAACAUUGUAGAGGUCACACACACACACACACACACACACAUUCCGUGUCGUGUUCAUUGAGAGAUAAUUGUCACUAGCAGACGAUGGAACUAUUUCUUGACCACGUCUCCAUCCGCUCAGCGCGGCUGACAUCUUGUUUUAUUUAGUUCUCUGAUGAUGUAAAAUCUGUUUCCCUCGUUUCAGAGUUUAGUUUUUCUGCAAAAAGUCGGAAACGUGUGACGUCACAGAAACGAAUCUGCUGGUUGAUGUCGU